AAAACAAGAACAAUCCAGCAAUCAUCCCUGGACAUGACAAGGGGAGGCGUUCGAUAUAAUGGUUUUCCUCCUUACUUGGCUGACACGGAAGAAGAAUGCUCUGUUUCUCUUCGUCAGCUUAUGGUCAAUGAAGGACUCAUUCCAUCUUCUGAAGAUGAGAAUAAACGAAGAAUCGUCAUUCUUAAGCUACAAAAGAUAGUGGUGAGAUGGGUUAAGAGCAUUGCUUGGAAACGACGUCUUCCUCAACAUCAUAUCAACGCAACCAACGCCACCAUUGUCCCUUACGGAUCCUAUGGUCUUGGGGUUCACGGUUCUCAAUCAGACAUUGACGCUUUGUGCAUUGGUCCUUUCUUCGCAACUAUAGCUGAGGAUUUUUUCAUCGACUUGCGUGAUCUUUUAAAAAGCAGAGCCGAAGUUUCCGAGAUUCAUUGUGUUAAAGAUGCUAAAGUUCCUCUCAUACGCUUCAAGUUUGAUGGCAUCUUGGUUGAUCUUCCAUACGCUCAGCUUCGACUCUUAUCAAUCCCAAACAAUGUAGAUGUGCUGAACCCUUUCUUCUUGAGAGGUAUUGAUGAGACAAGCUGGAGAAGCUUGUCUGGAGUUCGCGCAAAUCAAUGCAUCCUUCAAAUAGUACCUUCCGUGGAGUUGUUCCAAUCAUUGCUUCGUUGUGUGAAACUAUGGGCAAAGAGGCGUGGUGUAUACGGCAACUUGAAUGGGUUUCUAGGGGGAGUUCAUAUGGCGAUUCUUGCUGCGUUUGUCUGCGGAUACGAACCGAACGCUACGUUGAGUUCCCUCGUGGCUAGCUUCUUCAGCACGUUUGCUUAUUGGCAGUGGCCUACACCUGUGGUACUGCUAAGGGAUGCUUACGCAGCUGCUGGCUCUCCUCCGGGGUUAAUGCCUAUCCAGUUGCCUUGCGGUGGACGUCAGUACUGCAACUCCAACAUAACCAGGAGCACGUUUUAUAAGAUCAUGUCAGAGUUUCUCCGAGGGCAUCAUUUGAUGAAGGAUUACUUGAAGCCUAGCUUUAACUGGACGAGCUUGUUUGAGCCUUACCCUUAUGCAACAACGUACGCUUGGUUCGUCAAGAUACACCUCUCUGCUGAUAACCAGGAAGGUCUCAGUGAUUGGGUCGGUUGGGUUAAGUCACGUUUCCGCUGUCUUCUGAUCAAAAUAGAGGAAGUCUUUGGCCUUUGUGAUCCAAACCCAACAGAGUAUGUGGAAACCUGUGAGAAGCAGCCAAACAUUGUGUAUUACUGGGGGUUACACCUCGGAAACAUAAAUGUUUCAGACAUUGAAACCGUGGAGAUGGACUUUCUGAAGAAUGUCAACAACAGGGGAAGCUUCCAGGGAACAGUUGGUGGAAUCAAGUUAUCAGUUGUGCAAGCCUCUCAGCUGCCUACUAAGAGUGUUGAGUGCGAUAGAAGCAAGAACGUGGCAAGGACGUGCUGGAGAGUCCGGGAAGAUAAGCAGUGCAAGAACACACCUGUUUACUCAAGGCAACGGCCAGGUUAUGUGAAGAUGAGUAACAGAGACGCUGAGAGUACUGAUGUUAAGUGUUAGGUCAUGUGCAGUGAGUGAUGAUGGUUCUGCUGCUUCCUGUUAACACUUUGUUUUUUUUUUUAGUUUUAGGCUUUAAACUGUGUGCUAAAGAUUGCAGGAAAGCAACUAGAUUGACUUGUAACUCUCUGAUUUGUUGUAAAUGUCUCCUGACCAAUCCACUGUUUUCAAAACAAGAUUUUCUACAAAGUUGUGAAUGAAAAAAAAGAUUUCCACUA